AUGACCGGAAAAGAAGAAACCAACCACUCCACGGAGGUUGCCGCCGUCCGAACUCUCGAACAGACUCCCACUUGGGCUCUGGCCACCGUUUGUUUCUUUUUCAUCGCUGUUUCCAUUUUUAUAGAGCGUCUUAUUAAUCUUCUCUACACUAGACUUGAGAAAAACAGAAACAAAUCGUUACUUGAAGCUGUAGAAAAGCUCAAAUCGGUUCUAAUGGUGCUAGGAUUCAUGUCACUGAUGCUAAAUGUGACCGAAGGAGAAGUUUCAAAGAUAUGCAUUCCCACAAAGUAUGCGAAUCGAAUGUUGCCUUGCCAUAAAAGCAAAACAUUACUUGAUGAUGAAGAUGAUAAUGAUCACGACAACAACUUCGUUCAUCGUUGCUCCAAGGUUCUGCUUGACCCUUACCAUGCAUCAUUUUUUUCAAUUCUAGUUUCAAUUGCUGUUGACAUGGACGGGAAAACGUCACUCGUAUCACAAGAAGGGUUGACUCAGUUGAGUUUCUUCUUCUUUGUGUUGGCAUGCAUGCAUAUUCUCUUCAAUCUUGCCACUCUUCUCCUUGGAAUGGUCAAGAUGAGGCGAUGGAAUUCGUGGGAGAGGGAGACCCAAACGGUAGACUAUUUAGCAGCAAGCGAUCCAAAUAGGUUCAGAAUAACAAGAGAAACCACAUUUGCUCGACGACACCUGAGUGUUUUCAGCGAAACAUCGAUUCAACUUUGGAUUAAAUGUUUCUUCAGGCAAUUUUUCAACUCGGUGGCGAAAGUCGACUACCUCACACUCCGUCAUGGAUUUAUAUUUGCUCAUCUAUCGUCCAAUAAUUCUUUCAACUUCCAAAAGUAUAUACAGAGAUCUUUACAUGAAGAUUUCAAAACUGUGGUUGGUAUCAGUCCCUUAAUGUGGCUAAUCGUGGUCAUCUUUAUGCUUCUCGACGUUCGUGGUUGGAGAGUAUAUUUUUGGAUGUCAUUUGUGCCACUAAUUAUGGUUCUGGUGAUCGGGACGAAACUAGAAGUGAUAGUGACGAAAAUGGCGGUCACAAUAAAGGAUCAAAACAGUGUGAUUAGAGGAAGCCCUCUCGUUGAGCCAAACGACAAGCAUUUCUGGUUUUGCGCUCCUCGGUUGCUCUUAACCAUUCUACACUACACGUUGUUUCUGAACACCUUCGAGUUGGCAUUUUUUUUGUGGAUCACUUGGAAAUUUGGGAUUAACUCUUGCUACCAUGAAGACCGAGAGGUCGUCAUCACACGACUCGUAUUAGCGGUUACGGUCCAGAUAUUGAGCAGCUACGUUACACUACCUCUCUAUGCCCUUGUAACUCAGAUGGGAUCAAGUUACAAGAGAGCAAUCUUAGAAGAACAAAUAACAAAUGUGUUAAGGCAAUGGCAUGGUAGGGUUAGAGAGAAGAGGAAGAGAAACCAAACGCCAAUAACCGAUGAAAACAGUGACAAUAGUAACCGUGAUGUAGAUUCUGGCGAGAGCCCGAUUCAGUCAGAAGUUAUUUCUGAUUUCAGAUUUUCGAGUGAACAACCACCGAUAUUGCAAGAGAUAUCGAUACCAAUCAAACUGAAACGUGAUGAGAUUGAAGGAAAGUGA